AUGUCAUUUCCUCAAAUCCCUUCAUCAUCAUCUGCCUCACCUACGCCCAUUUUUCAACAACAACAAGGCUUGUUUCAUCCUCAAGGAAGCACGCAGCAGGCCAUGAUGAUCAGUGGAGGAGUACCAACACCACUGAUAACAACAUCCUCAGUAUCAUCGGUACAUCCCAAUAUGGUUCCGUACAAUAAUUCUUCUAUUCAAGCACCACCUCCACUGAGCAGUACAAUGAUGAGUUUGAUGAGGGUAGAAAAUGAAAAAUUAAAGUUAGAGAAGGAGGGCUUAUUGGAUCAAUCCAAGAAGUAUUUUGAAAUGGCCUAUCUUCUAAAUGUCAAUAAUCACAAGCUUUCCGAAAUGAACUCACGUUUAAAUAACGUUCUAAGCAAAUUGAUGCAAGAGAUUCCCGAAGAGAAGGUACAAUCAUACCAGAAUGAAAUCAAUCAAAUCUGUAAAGUCACUGUUGCUGAUAUUGAAAAAAGAAUCAAGCUCAAGCAACGAAGUAUUGCAUUGGGAGAAGGGCUGCUUGCAACUGAGGCAGCAACGGUACCAUCUAGUGGUAUGGCGACGGAAAGCAAGACAGCCAACACAGACCCAGUACAACCCUCUCAUCCUGUUCCCAUUCAUGUAGCUUCGUCUUCAUCGAGCAACUCUAAGAAUUAUGAAAACUCGAGAGUAGGAAUUCUUUCUUCACCUUCCAAAAUGAUAAUGUCCAGUGGAGGAGCCACCAGUACAAGCUUUUCAAGUGCAACUCCCAACAAGCAGAUGAACAUGCACUUUUCGUGUGAAACUGAACAUGCUGUCUCAUCAAUUGCCUUAAACCCUACUGCACAAAGGAUCUAUGUUGGAGGUAAAGGAUGCAUCAAGGUAUUGUCUGUUCAUAAUUCAACAGAGUAUGAUUGUAGCAAUCCAAUAUCGACUUCCACUACCCACAUUUCUGACUUGAUGAAUGUUGAAACACUUCCAUUUUCAGAGAAUGCCUUUGUUCGAUCCUUGAAAAUAGCUCGAGAUGAAAGUACAAUGUAUGCUUGUGGAGAAACAAAUCAAGGAAUAUUAUGUUAUGAUUUAGAGAGGCUUAAAAAGAAACUAGUCCUUCAACCUUCUGACAACUCUCACUCGUAUUCCAUGUGUCUCAUGGAAACAUCCGAUCCCAACAACAACCUCCUAUUCACAAGUCUCUCUAACGGUUCAGUCGCCAUGUGGGAUUUAAGGGCUAAUCAUCAGCUCGUAAGACUCUUUGAAGGUCACAAAGCGCCUUGCACUUCAUUGGAUUUCAGCAAUGCCACAUCGUCGUCUCCUUGUUUACUAAGCGCAGGCUUAGAUAAGACACUUAAACUUUGGGAUAUUAAUUCAGGAAGCGUCAUCCAAGAAUAUUGUGCAGACUCUCGAAUCUUGACCAUGUGUUCUUCACCAGCAAGUGGAGAAAAUCUUGUUGUUUUGGGUCUAGAAAAUGGUUCAUUGGAAAUUCUCAAUUCUCUACCACUGAAACAGCAAGCUGUUCUCUACAAACAUGCAGAUAGCGUGUUAUGUAGCAAAUUCUCACCCACAGGCAAAUACUUUGUGGCUGGAGGAAAGGACUGCAUUCUUUCGGUGAACAAAAUUUUGGGUUCAUCAUUACGACCACCUCCCUCCGAGAAGCACUUCAACUCGGUGCUGUGUUGUGACAUUCAAACACAAAGUGAGCAAAGCAAUCAAACAGAUGUCAUUGCAGUAGGAAGUUGGGACAAGAAAGUCUAUCUCUAUAAUUUGAGACCUUCAUCCGUACAAUAA